UGAGCUGUGUCCCUCAGACACAGCGGAUCACUGAUCACGCUGACAGCUCACUGAUCAUCAGGGCACUGAUGAUCAGUGUGCCCUGAUGAUCAGUGUAGCCCCAGCAGUGCCACCUGUCAGUGUCCAUCAGUGCCUUGUGUCAGUGCUCAUCAGUGCUUCAUGCCAGUGCCCAUCAGUGCCUCAUCAAUGCCACAUAUCAGUGCCUACCAGUGCACAUCAAUGCCACAUAUCAGUGCCCAUCUGAGCUGCCUUUCGGUGUCACCCAUCAGUGCCAGUCAGUGCCACCUAUCAAUGCCAAUCAGUGUCACCUAUCAGUGCUGCCAAUCAGUGCCACCUAUCAGUGCCAAUCAGUGUCACCUAUCAGUGCUGCCAAUCAGUGCCACCUAUCAAUGCCAAUCAGUGUCACCUAUCAGUGCUGCCAAUCAGUGCCACCUAUCAGUGCCAGUCAGUGUUGCCUAUCAG